UUGCAUUUUGGAUACCAGAAAAAAACAUUGUAAAUGAAAGAGGUACCGAGAAUGUUGAUGUUGCAAUACAGCAAACAUGGCGAAUGUAUACUUAAAGAAAUUGGAGCUGCCUUUCGCGGCGAACACCCCACCGACUUGACAAUUGUAUGCGAGAAUAAAGUCAAAUUGCAUGCUCACAAAUUGGUUUUGGCAGCUGCCAGUCCACUAAUUAGGCACCUUUUGGAAGAUACACAACUUUAUGAUUGUAUGACCACCGUUUAUUUUCCGGAUGUAAAUGCUACAUAUUUUAAGUUUUUAUUGGAUUUCCUUUACUCGGGUCAAACAUGUAUAACAUCACGUGACGUUAACUAUUUACACGAUCUACUGCUGCUAUUGCAAAUCAAAUCGGAUAAUUGGAAGACCACAGAUACGGCUUUAACUGCCAGCUCAGUUGGUGGUAGUGGUAGUGGUAGUGGUGGUCUACGCACGAGUACGAAUGUAGAAAAUAACAGUUGUAAUAAUAUACGAAAACCGCCGCCGCCGCCACCGCCAGUGCAAUGUGAAAGUCCAGAAUGCGGCGAAAGGAAAUUGAAAAGUGAAAACGGUAGCGAUAUUAAGAGCAGCCCGUGUGACCCCGAGAAAAAUAUGUCUGAGGAAAAUGAUGAUCAAUUUCACUUAAUGGAUAAUAACGAUCAAGAUCACGAUCAUGAUGUGGAUACGGAAUCGCAAACAAAAGAAUCGGCCGAUAUGGAUAAUUUAUCGGAUAUCAAUGUGGGCGGAUUGAAUCCAGUCAAUCUAUCGUUAGGGUUGCGUACAAAAUCUGAAAAUAAUAUAAAAAAUGUAUUCCGCGGCAAGAGUAGCUAUCCAUCAGACUACGAAACGUUAAAUAUAAUGGAAAGUGCCAAACGUAAGACAUUAUUUCCGGAAACUGCUAAAGAAAUUCUCAAACCUCUAUCCGAACAUUCCGACUUAAAUAGCUCACCUGAUAAUUAUGUUGUAACGCCGCAUCGUAAACGACGUCCCGGCUUUCAUUCGUCGCCCAGCCACAAGCCGUUCGCUUCGUAUCAACAUAAUUUACUCGAUGAAUUCCGUACAGCGAAGUCUUCCAUGUCGCCUAUGCCUGGCUACAUUCCCGAAAAAAAUCUUCUAUUGCCCCUGGAGGAAAGCGUCAUAAAUUCAGCCGACCUACUGCCACAAAAUCGUAGCUUACUCGAUAAGAGUAUAACACGUCAUGACAGCCCUGAAAAGACAGUACAAUUACCGCCACAAUUGGUUUACCAAUGGCAGUCUAACUCGAAUAUCUCAUCUCUGUCACAUUUACAGCCCGGUGGGCUUAAUUCAAUAUCAGAGAUCAAUCUUAGUUUGGAAACCUCCAGUAAUCAAAAUAGCACGAAUGCCAAUAUUAGCAAUACACAGAAUUCUGUACGCGAGUACCGUUGCGAAUACUGUGGCAAACAGUUUGGCAUGUCGUGGAAUUUGAAAACACACCUUCGUGUUCAUACCGGUGAAAAACCGUUUGCUUGUCGCCUAUGUAUAGCGAUGUUUAAGCAAAAAGCCCAUCUAUUAAAACACUUGUGUUCAGUGCAUCGAAGUAUGAUCACCACGAACGGCGGUGAUAAUGAUCCCCGUUACUGCUGUUGCUUCUGCUCCAUGUACUUCGAAUCGGUGCAAGAGUUGGUAAGACAUUUGUCCGGUCAUCACAACAAUCUAUUGCUGGCAAAAAAUCUACGCGACUAGUACUGCAUUCUUUCUUUCUCGUCCGAUUCCAACUCUAUGAACAACUUUGCGUACAACUAUUGUAACUUAAACAAUUCCAUUUUAUAUACAAACGAACACACACAUAUACAAACACACAUUUGUAAAUUAUUAGAAAUGUUUUUUUUAAA